UCCGUCAGUUUUCCAGCGCCAGUCUGUGCACGAAGAGUACAUGCGAUAAGCAGUAAGGCACAGUCAGGUAAUCUUUAUUAUUAUCCUUUUCCUAAAGUAUUAAUCGGAUAUGAAUUAGAAGUUCAGAAGUGGAGUUUUAAGUUUGCUACGGAGCCGUCUGAGCUGUUACUGUAAAGUCAACAGAAGACUAGUUUGACGGUUUAGCAUCGGCAACGCUAACGAAGCUAAACGGCAACUUUUAACGGAAGGCCAAAAUGGAUGACUAUUUGAAAAUUGAGAAGAUUGGCGAAGGAACCUAUGGGGUGGUGUACAAGGGCCGGCACAAAGCCACGGGCCAGGUGGUGGCCAUGAAGAAGAUCCGCCUGGAGAGCGAGGAGGAAGGCGUCCCCAGCACCGCUGUCAGAGAGGUCUCUCUGCUCCAGGAGCUGAAGCAUCCCAACGUUGUACGACUCCUGGAUGUCCUGAUGCAGGAGUCUCGUCUCUACCUCAUCUUCGAGUUCCUGUCCAUGGACCUGAAGAAGUAUUUGGAUUCCAUCCCCUCGGGCCAAUACAUGGAGCCCAUGCUGGUUAAGAGCUACCUUUACCAGAUCCUGGAGGGCAUUUAUUUCUGUCACUGCCGCAGAGUCCUCCACCGUGACCUGAAACCCCAGAACCUUCUGAUCGAUAACAAGGGCGUCAUCAAACUGGCUGACUUUGGUUUGGCUCGGGCCUUUGGCGUUCCUGUCCGGGUCUACACCCACGAGGUGGUAACUCUUUGGUACCGGGCUCCAGAGGUCCUCCUGGGUUCACCCCGCUACUCAACUCCUGUUGAUGUUUGGAGUAUUGGGACCAUAUUUGCUGAACUCGCCACCAAGAAACCUCUGUUCCACGGAGACUCUGAGAUAGACCAACUCUUCAGGAUCUUCAGGACCCUGGGAACCCCCAACAAUGACGUGUGGCCUGAUGUAGAGAGUCUACCCGACUACAAAAACACUUUCCCUAAAUGGAAGUCGGGCAACCUGUCAUCAGUGGUGAAGAACCUGGAUAAGAACGGCCUGGACCUACUGGCGAAAACACUGAUCUACAAUCCUCCUAAGAGGAUCUCGGCACGCGAGGCCAUGAGUCACCCUUACUUUGACGACUUGGACAAAUCCACCCUGCCGGCCGCCAACAUCGACAAAAUCUAAAAACCCAACUCUGACCUUCCAUCGCAACACAUUCAUACCCUUUGUGAAUUAUUAUUCUGUAAAUACUUGUGUGUGUGAUCUGUUGUAGACCUUUAAGUUUCAACUAUGUCUUUUCAAUAAAACUGCACUUUCUGUGAGUCUCGAAA